AUGCUUGUAAACACAUCAGUUUCACUAACUAUAGCAGCUAAAACAAGCCAAUAUGGUGCUAUUGAUAAAAUAAUCAGUGACGAAAUAAGAACGUACUUUGAUUGGAUCGGCUUUUCUCUGUUGUGUCAGCUCGUCGAUGUGUUUGGGACAGUCACCAAUAUCAUCAACAUUGUUUGUUUUAUCAAAAUGGGCUUCAAAGACUCUGUGAACGUCAGUCUACUUG